UAUGCUCAAAGAGGCCGAGGACGACCUCAAUACACAAGCGGGCAGCUCAAUGUCUCGGCCUUACCCAGAACCCAACCCGCACAACGCUGGUGCUAUACAAUUGGAUGCUGAGGAAUCUUUACCUACUCCCGAGAUUAAAUUGCCGGGCCCGGAGGUCCCUGAAACGCCACAAGGUAUCUCGGAUGAUAUUGAGUUCUCCCAGGGGGACUCGACACCAGAUGGUUGGAUCUACGAUGUUGAGGGGGAGACGUGGGAAAAAGGAAAGGUCUAUCGCACAUACGUUGUAAAGCUUAAAGUGAAAGACGAUUUCGUGGAGAAUUUGGGAGAGACAGGCGUGCUCCACAUCGCAUUGAAGCAGACCCACUUCCUCGCAGCAGUCGGAAAUUUCGUCGAACGCAAUGAAAAGAGGAUAUUCGUCAUAACAAAUACUAGCUAGUUACCGAAGAGAGAUGAAC